GCAGCAGGCGGCGGCUGAUAGCGGCCGGUGCGCUGGGGGUGGUGAUGGUGCUGCUGCUGGUCAUCCUCAUCCCGGUGCUGGUCAGCUCGGCCGGCACCUCGGCGCACUACGAGAUGCUCGGCACCUGCCGCAUGGUCUGCGACCCCUACGGCGGCACCAAGGCGCCCAGCACGGCGGCCACGCCCGACCGCGGGCUCAUGCAGUCCCUGCCCACCUUCAUCCAGGGGCCCAAGGGGGAGGCCGGCCGGCCGGGCAAAGCGGGGCCGCGCGGCCCGCCGGGGGAGCCGGGGCCGCCGGGCCCGGUGGGGCCGCCGGGUGAGAAGGGCGAGCCGGGGCGGCAGGGCCUGCCGGGCCCCCCCGGGGCGCCGGGGCUGAACGCGGCGGGGGCCAUCAGCGCCGCCACCUACAGCACCGUGCCCAAAAUCGCCUUCUACGCCGGCCUGAAGCGGCAGCACGAGGGCUACGAGGUGCUCAAGUUCGACGACGUGGUCACCAACCUCGGCAACCACUACGAUCCCACCACCGGCAAGUUCACCUGCUCCAUCCCCGGCAUCUACUUCUUCACCUACCAUGUGCUCAUGCGGGGCGGCGACGGCACCAGCAUGUGGGCCGACCUCUGCAAGAACAACCAGGUUCGAGCUAGCGCGAUUGCUCAGGACGCUGAUCAGAACUACGACUACGCCAGUAACAGCGUGGUUCUUCACCUGGAGCCAGGAGAUGAAGUUUACAUUAAAUUAGAUGGAGGAAAAGCACAUGGAGGAAACAACAACAAAUACAGCACAUUUUCUGGAUUUAUUAUUUAUGCUGACUGAUAAUGAGUAAAAAGACCCACCAAACCAGUCAAGAAGUGAAGCCUGCUCUUCUAAGCGAUGGAUUGCGUGGCAAAAGUCAAUGAAACGAGCACCCCAGCAGAGAGUGACCACUGAACACCUCAGCAGUGGGGGGAAAAAGUUGAAUGCUACCUGAUUCACAUCUGUACAACACAGAGAAACCUUAUGUUAAAAAACCACAAACCAAGUUAAACAGAUGUGCGAUCCACUUCCGCCAAAGCAAAUACUUCCUCAUUGUUCAGUGUCCAUGUGAAUGAAGUUCUACAUAGAUCAAUUUUUAUAGGGAAGGAAAGCCCACCUAAGGACGCUGAGUUAUUUCUUCAGUGUAUAUGAUACUUUGAUGUGUUAUGAUCUUGCUGCUUUAUCCAUACUUCAGCUUUGGUUCUUGUGACUUAUCUGCUAACAAUGAUGCUUGGAGUCCACUCAUAGUGUGGUGAGGAAUGAUUUUACAAUAAAAGGAAGAGGUAAUCAAAAUACACUUUCUCUCUGCAAAGCAAUUGUUUGCCUUGUACUUUUCUUACCCUUCCACUUAAAACUAGAAACUAAUCAGCUUUAAGCCUUAACUUAAUGUUCUGUUUUGUAGGUUUACAUUAGACUUUUAAUAGAAAAACAAUUCAGUGGAGUCAUUUAAAUUUUGUCUUUCCCUUAGCUGUCCUCUAAGAGAAAAAGAUAGAAGAAACACUAUUUUCCCCUGAAAAAUAUAACAGUUGACAAACUAUUCUAUUGGGCCAUAUCCCUGAUUCCACCAAAGCAAAUGGCAAAACUCUCAUUGCUAGUGGAAAAGGGAUUUGGCUUUUAAUUUGUAUACAUGUAAAUAUAUAUUCAGACAGUUAUUACAGGCCCAUUCUUGAUGGUUAGUUGUGUAAAUAUUUAGAAAGCCUGGCAUCCACACCAUCAGACUAAGGCAAAGUGUUUUCUUUGCAGCAAUUAGUCUUCAUUAGCCUUUUAGCACUUAGUCUGUACCUGAGUUCUGUUUUAAAUAAAGUAGUUACAGAUUAAUAUACUGCAGAUGUUCCACUAGAAUUUCAUAGGAAUACAGACAACCUUUAUUGUCUUAGGUGUCUUGUCUCACUGAAGUCAGUGGGAAUUUUCCAACAAAGGAAGAGUGGGAGAUCUGACACAUGAGAAAAUGCUGUCACACAGACCUUUUCCAUGGAAGCUAGUACCACUUUGUGGUAAGGCAUGCCUGCAAGAUGGACACAGAGAAGCAUAUUACCAAAAAUGAUAACACAUAUGCAAAGAAAGAAGCAGAUAUUUACA